AUUCACUCCUUCGUCAAAGCUCCUCUUCACCCAAUCAUUCAUUGUUCUCUCAGUAGCUGCGCCCAUUUCCUGGGAAAAGCAAAACGCAGGUUCUACUUAGGCCGUAAUGUUACGUGGACUGCUUUGCCAACUUUGACCGCCUGUCCCAGUCACUGACCUUACUACUCGUCACCUCCUCGUCGUUCUGCAACCUUCCUUUCUCUCGUCCUUCUUCGUCACCUCUCUCCGUACUACAGCAACUUCCUACACAGUCUACAGUGAACCGUCAAAAUGGUGAAUCUUCACAGUAUCAAGCCAGACCCUCAUCAGGGUAAAGACCUACCAGCUCGUCGUGCUUCAAUCGUACCCGGUCUUGAGCACAUCUCUCUCGAGGCCCCUGGCGAGGAUGAGUUUUCCACCUCUGUCUACGGCUCCAGCUUUGCCGCACAAGAUCUGCCUGACCAUGAGAUGCCCGAGAAAGAAAUGCCAAAGGAGAUCGCAUACCGCAUGAUCAAGGACGAGCUCAGUCUGGACGGUAAUCCAAUGCUCAACCUUGCCAGCUUCGUCACCACCUUUAUGGAAGACGAAGCAGAAAAACUCAUGACUGAAGCAUUCGCUAAGAACUUCAUUGACUAUGAGGAAUACCCCCAGACUGCUGAAAUCCAGAAUCGAUGUGUCAAUAUGAUCGCUCGUCUCUUCAACGCACCAGAUCCUAAGGAUGGUGGCAAUGCCCUUGGUACCUCGACCAUUGGUUCUAGCGAGGCAAUCAUGCUCAGUGUGCUGGCCAUGAAAAAGAAAUGGCAGAAUGAGAGAAAGGCAGAAGGAAAAGAUGCCUCGAAACCCAACAUCAUCAUGAACAGUGCUGUCCAAGUCUGCUGGGAAAAGGCAGCUCGCUACUUUGACGUCGAGGAACGAUAUGUCUACUGUACCGAGGACCGCUAUGUCAUUGACCCGGAAGAAGCUGUCAACCUCAUUGACGAGAAUACCAUCGGUAUCUGCGCCAUUCUCGGUCUGACCUACACUGGCGAGUACGAGGAUGUCAAGAAGAUCAAUGAUCUGCUGGUGGCUAACAAGAUCGACUGCCCCAUUCAUGUCGACGCAGCCUCUGGCGGCUUUGUGGCUCCCUUCGUCAACCCCAACUUGGUCUGGGACUUCCGCCUAGAGAAGGUGGUCAGCAUCAACGUCUCUGGUCACAAGUAUGGCUUGGUCUAUCCUGGUGUUGGCUGGACGGUCUGGAGGUCACCAGAGUACUUGCCCAAGGAACUCGUCUUCAACAUCAACUACCUGGGCGCCGACCAGGCUUCAUUCACUCUCAACUUCAGCAAAGGCGCCAGCCAGGUCAUUGGCCAGUACUACCAAAUGAUCCGUCUCGGCAAACGUGGCUAUCGUAGUAUCAUGCUCAAUCUUACCCGCACAUCCGACUACCUCGCUGCUCAGUUGAGAGCAUUGGGCUUCGAGAUCAUGUCUCCCGGAGGUGGCCGAUCCCUGCCAGUGGUUGCCUUCCGCCUUGACCCCGACGAUGAACACCUCUACGACGAGUUCGCUGUUGCUCACCAGCUUCGUGAACGUGGUUGGGUCGUCCCAGCCUACACCAUGGCUCCACACAGCAAUAACCUGAAGAUGAUGCGUGUGGUCGUCCGUGAGGACUUCAGCAAGCAGCGUUGUGACAGCUUGGUCGGUGACAUCAAAUUGGCAUUGCAGGUCCUCGGUGAGAUGGAUCGUAAGAGCAUGGAACAAUUCCAAAAGCACGUCCAGCAGCAUACUCGUCACGGCAGGGCUGGCACGAACAUCCAGCCUUAUAAGCACGAAAAGCAUUCUCUUCAGGGCAAGCAUGGAAAGUCCCAUCCUGUGUGCUAGACUGUUAGGAUUAAAAGAGUUUGAACGUCAGGAGAGACUCGGAAAAAGUCAAACUGCAUAUUGGGAGUACAUGGCACGAAGCCUGGCCAAUGAAAUGAAGAAUGAAGAGGAUUCGGCAUUCACCACCACCUAGUUUUUUACGGAGUCUCUGACAUGGAGCUCUCUAAGGUACAGCAUCUAGGCUCACUUUGAAAAACAUUGGACUGAACGCUGGCAAGCGAGAACACCUACUUCGCACAGUCGGACAAACGUUGAUCCGGAAGCAUAAACGAACGACUCCUUUGUGACCGAUAGCCACCAGAAUGACAGACGCUGCAUGACUAACUUUCUUUCAUCUCAUCACCUUCCACC